AUGGUGUCAGACACCGACAUCUGGAAGAGGGCAAAUCCUAUGACGGCAAGUUCGUUUCCACAGUUGGAGCUUUUUGCCAAAACCCAACCUGUCGUUGUGCUUCACACGGAAGAGACACCUCCGGUUUCAGAAGAAACGGUUCGGCUCUUGUUCUACGAGCAAGAGAAUUUGGAUGCCGUGAUUGCCAACCUUCGCACACAGGAUCGGUGUGUGCUCGUUAUGGAUGCCACAUUCAAGACCAAUGUGCAGGAUCUUGUGUUAGCUAGCCUCGGACUGGUCAUCUUUCACCAGGUUGGCGGAGUGGUGCGCAAUCGAUUCUGGCCGGUAGUUUGUGCUGUGUGUGACAAGGAAGAUGAACCGUGUUAUGCCCUCUUUUGUCGAUCUUUCCAGAAGCUAUUGGAAACUUCGGGUUUGGAUUGGGAGAAACUGGUGACGAAUGUGGUCAUGGAUGGUGCAGGCGGUGCCAUCAAUGCCACAAGUGCAUGCUUUCCAGACGCUACUUUGCACCGGGACUUAGAACACAUAAAGAAAGACGUCAAGCGCACCGGGAGCAAGAAGAAAGCUGACUCAGAGUUGACAUUGGAGAUAACGGAAAUCAUCCAGUUCAGCGCGAAAAUCGCACAUCCACUACAGUUCCAAGUCAUCUGGGAAGACACGUUGCGAAGGCUGCGUGACCCCGAAGACUGGAAUCAGGAGAAAUUCGCGGAUUACUUGGAGAAGCGGGUCUUGCAGAAGAAAGGCUUGUGGUGGAGCGCAGAUUGGCAGAGUGGUCUCGGUCAAGUGUGCCCGGGUUACGGAAUCCAAUCCCACCGGCUCACAUUGGACUUGAUGCAGCAGUGGCGAGAUAAGGAAGGUGAUGCAAACACCUUUCUCAAGUACGAGACUGCGGGCCGCAUCAUGGUAGACUGUCGGACGGUGGACAUUACUGCAGUCAUCGUUAUGCCAAAGUACAAAUUGGAGUAUGCCAAGAACAAGAAAACGGACAUGGUACAGCGGUUGGACUUGGCACUUUGUUCUUUGCAUGAAGAUGGUGAAGCUGCUUUUCGCACUGCUUUGGGAAACCCAAGGCAGUGGUCCUUUUCCAUGCAUAAAAAAUUGUUCUACAAGUACACUGUGAUGUAUGUGCUUAGCACGGGCCGUGUCGUGGAUGAACAUCCACAUUUUGUGCACAGUAGCUGCAGCGAGCAGGCUUUCUUUUACAAAUCCGUGUCAGGCGGCUUGAAUCUGCACCCCAUUGCAAGGGGCCCCAAGACUCUCAAAGCCAGGCAUCAACGGCGGGACAGGCGAACCGAGGAGUUUCGCAAAAAAAAUCUAGGAGUGGACAAAGGUGGUUUUUCGAAACCCACAGUUCGAAUUUAG